CGCGAGACGCGCGAGCGAACGGACGGGAAAAGUAUAAUCAUGCCCGCGCGCGAGAUGGCGGUGAAACGCCCGACGUACGCGAAAGAUGGACUGAAGUCGAUCAACGCGCGAGGGUGCAUCAUCGAAUUCGUGGCCACCAUGACGUACGUGGCGCUGUGCGUGCCGGUGCAGAUGAUGUACGGGAACGGGUUCACGACGGCGGUGACGUACGGGGUGGUCGUGACGCUGCUGACGUACGCGUUCCGAAAGGAAACGGUGGCGCAGAUGAACCCGAGCGUGUCGGUGACGUUUAUGGCCACCGGGAAAAUCACGGUGGAGCAAAUGAUCGGGAACAUCGUGUCUCAGAUCGCCGGUGCGCUCAUCGGGGUGUGUUGGACGUGCGUUUGGGUCGCGGGCGGUAACGAUCCCACCGGAUACGUCGGCGCCACCUUGGGGUACUGGGGGCAGGCGAACGCCGGACGCGUCUUCUUCUGCGAAACCGUCGCGAACUGGCUGUUCCUCGUGACCAUCGUGCAAGCCACGCACCCUUCGCUGAAGCAGAGCGCGUUCUUCUCUUCAAUCUUCAUCGGUUUUGCAUAUUAUGUGUGCUUGCUGUUCACUGGCUCCGUCAGCGGUGGCAUGAUUAACGCCGCGAGGAGUUUCGCCUCCGCGUGCGCGGGUUCCAUUCGCAUCAAGGGUCGCGCCGCACCCGGCGCAGUCGUCUCCACGAAGAUUCUCUGGGACCGUCACUGGAUUGCCUGGGUCGCUCCUAUGGCUGGCGGCGCCGCCGCGAUCGUCGUUGACUUUUUCAUGACCGGGUUCCCGGAGAAGAAGAACACCGAAGCGCCCCACUGGCUCGACGCGACAGUUUAAGGAUCGCCCCGGGCGCAGCGCUGCCGCGUUUUAUAUAUAUCGCGUUUCAUAUAUCGCGUUUUCAUGUUUAAUAAUUAUACGUAAUACUAUCGCGUCGA